AUGUAUGUUCCACGCGAUUACAGCGACGUGUUUACUUCUCUCAAGGACUUCGAAAUGUUCCUCAAACGGGCAAAAGACGAUAUUCUUGAUGAAUUGCAAAAUUUUAUUCAAUUUGCCGAAGAUGCACCAUGGACUGCCCGGCAGACUUGCCAAGAGCAUCGCUAUCAUCAUAUCGUGCAUUUCUUUAAAACUCUAAGUCAUGUUGCCCAUGACAGCUUCGAGAGUAGCCUCAGACUUGCUAAUAAGUUCACUCACAUUCAGGAAGCGCUUGACAAUUACGCAGAGAGGGCGGCAAAGGAACUACCUUAUGAAGAGCUGGAAGGAUUAGAUCUGAUGGACGAAAUAAGCCAAAACAUUUCUUACAACAACGCGGACUUCGAUGAGCUCAGUUCUUGGUACUACGACACUCACAAAUUCUACAAGCACAAACUUAUGAACGCGAAGAAUGAGCUCAAUCAGCUUGUCUUAAGUUUCGGAGUGGAGGAUAUUCGUGGGGAUGCGUUUAUUCAAGGCAUUCUGUUUACUAUUCGAUCAACUAUGGAAAAGUACAACAACAAUGUGCACCUGAUGAAGCUUGCAACCAAUGAAAUGGCAAAUGCUAGAAAUUGCGGGCCACAUGUGAUUGAAGAGCAAUACCGCGAGGAAGAGGACGAGCAAGUCGAGAAACUUGCAAAACUUAUCAAAGACCUCGGAAUGAUAAGAUACAACUUCAACAGGAAGAUUCCGUCUGAUUACGCCUCUCUGGAGGAUAUGCUGGCGAAAAUCGGAAAGGAAAAGCAGCAUUCGUUGGGAAGAGCUUCUCUGCACAUAAGAAUGAUUCCAGAGCAAAGUGAAGUAAUGAAGACAUCUGAGCUCUUCCGACAGAUCCUUACUCUUUCGACGGUGGACGAAUUCGUUCCGUCAGAUGUCGAAGGCAUUCGUGAAGAGUUUCCGGAAUACGUUAACAAUGGCCAUGUGUAUGCGAACCUUACACAGAUUUACGUGCCAAAAGCAGCCAAGUACAAGAAUAUGCUAAAAAGAGCAUUCUUUCUAUUCCGAAAAGCUAGAGCUCUGAUGAAGAAAACUUACGAAGAUAACGAUCGACUUUUUAAAGAGCAAGAUAAGAAAAGGGCUUGUAUCCACCAAUAUUUAAAGCAAAUUGCAUCGAAAUAG